GUGCUGGCCCAGGUCGGCGCCAUGCGCGGCCACGCCCGGGGACCAUGGGCCACGGCGCUCUGGGUGUGGCGGGCCGAGGGGCCGCGGGCCCUCUGGAAGGGGAACGGGGUGGCGUGCCUGCGCCUCUUCCCCUGCAGCGCCGUGCAGCUGGCCGCCUACCGCAAGUUUGUCAUGCUGUUCACAGAUGACUUGGGCCAUAUUUCCCAAUGGAGCUCCAUCAUGGCUGGAAGUCUCGCAGGCAUGGUGUCCACCAUUGUGACAUAUCCUACAGACCUCAUCAAAACCCGGCUGAUUGUGCAGAGCAUGCUGGAGCCACCUUAUAAGGGCAUCUUCCAUGCUUUUUCUACUAUUUAUCAACAGGAAGGGUUCCUGGCUCUUUACCGAGGGGUUUCCCUCACUGUUUUAGGUGCUCUUCCAUUUUCUGCUGGUUCCCUUCUCGUUUACAUGAACUUAGAGAAAAUCUGGAAUGGGCCCCGAGAUCGAUUCUCUAUCCUCCAGAACUUUGUCAAUGUCUGUCUAGCUGCUGCAGUGACCCAGACCCUUUCAUUCCCCUUUGACACGGUGAAGAGAAAGAUGCAGGCUCAUAGCCCCUAUCUUCCCCAUUGUGGUGGAGUAGAUGUCCAAUUCUCAGGAGCAGUGGACUGCUUCCGGCAGAUUAUAAAGACCCAAGGGAUGCUGGGGCUCUGGAACGGAUUGACAGCCAAUUUAUUGAAGGUAGUUCCAUAUUUUGGAGUUAUGUUUAGCACCUUUGAGUUCUGCAAGAGAAUCUGUCUUUAUCAAAAUGGUUAUAUUGUGUCUCCUCUGAGCUAUAAAUUGACCCCUGGGGUGGAUCAGAGUUUACAACCACAGGAAUUACGGGAAUUGAGGAAGUUCUUCAAAACUGGAAAACUGACAUCUAAAAAGCCAACUCUGUAA